AUGACCCUACACGCGCUCGCCGCCCUCGGGAGCCCCGCCCUUGGCGCCGCGCAAGCCGCAGACGCCGCGCGGCGCCUGUCGGAGGUCACCGGGCAACUGAAGCCGCAGGAGCUGGUCCUUUCAAUGGCGGCGGCCAACGCGCUGGCCCUGCAGCUGCCGCCCGCCGCGUGGGCCGAUCUGCUGGCCCACGCGCUUCGCACCGCGCCCGCGUUCUCGCCUCGCGACUGCGCGGCGCUGCUGCACGCCACCGCGGCCGCGGCGGCGGCCGACGCGGAGCGGCGGCCGGGGCACGCCUGGCUGGGCGACUUCCUGGCGGCUACGCAGCAGCAGGUGGCGGGCUACAACCUCCAGGACCUAGGGAUGGCGCUGUAUUCGCUGGGGCGGCUGCGCCACCAGCCGCCGCGGCCUUGGCUGGCGGCCGCGCUCCGCCGCGCGGGCGAGCAGCGGCGGCGGAUGUGCGCCGGGUCUGUGUGCAUGUGCCUCUUCGGGGUCAGCUGCAUGCGCUCGCGGCCGCCGGCGCAGUGGGUGGCGGCGAUGGCGUCGCAGGCGCUCGGCCAGUGGCAGGUGCUGCAGCAGCCGCCUGUGGGGGAUUCGGAGGGGCGGGCCGCGAGCGAGCAGCGGAGCCAGUCGCAACCACCGCAGCAGCAGCAGCAGCAGCAGCAGCGGGAGCAUCUAAUGCUGCUGUGGGCGUUUGGCCGGCUCCGCUACCGCCCGCCGCCCAGCCACCUGCAGGCUCUGGUGGCCUCCAUCCUCCAAACCACCCUGCGGCCGCCAUCCGCUGAGCGGCACGACGCGCCGCAAUCCGCCGCAUCUGCGGACGCCACGCCCCUGGAUGCCGCGCGCGCAGGCAGCACGGUGCUGCUGGCGCUCGCUCGCAUCGGCUACGUGCCGCCGCGCCGCAUGCUCGCCGAGCUCCUUGGCGCCGCGCUUCAGGGCCUGGUCGACGCGCCGCCACAGGCGUUUGCGUGCACCCUGUACGCAGCCGCACUGCUGCUGCGGCCUGCUGGCAGCGUCGGCGGCGCCGGCGGCGCGGGCGCAGGCCCCUGGCUGUGUCGCGCGCUGGACGUGCUGCAGGGUCGGCUCGGGGAGCUGACGCCGCAGGGGCUGUCCAUGGUGGCGUGGGCGGCCGUGCGGCUCGCGCCUGAGGCACGCGGCGGCGGCGACGGAAGCGGCAGUGGCGGCAGCAGCGGCGGCAGCGGCAGCGGCGGUGGCAGCGGCAACGGCGGCGGCAGCGGCGGCGGCGAGAGCGGCGGGUCGAGGCGACGCAGCCCUGCAGGUGCUCGGGAGUGGCUGGGGGCUGUGUGCGAUGCGGCGGGCCCAAGGCUAGGCGGCGCGCGGCCGCAGGCGGUGGCGGUCCUGCUGUGGGCCGCGGCGCGCGCGGGGCACGAGCCUGACGAGGGCUGGCUGGCCGCGGCGCUGUGGCGCCAGGCGGAGCUCGCGCCCGAUGCUGCGCCGCAGUCGAUCGCCCUCACGUUCUGGGCGGCCGCCACGCUGACGCACCGACAGCGGCUCCAAGAGCAGCGACAGCAGGAGCAGCAGCAGGAGCAGCAGCAGGGGCAGCAGCAGGGACAGCAGCAGCAGCAACAGCAGCAGCAGGCGCAGGACGGCGAGGGCGAGGGGGCGCAGCAGGAGCGUAGCGUGACCACGGCGCUGUGGUGGCGCUCCGAGGCCGUGCGCGCGCCGCUCGCCGAGCUGCUCGCGACAAGCACCCUGCGGCUGAGCAAGUGGCGGCCCCAGGACCUCGCUAUGGCGGCCUGGGCCCUCUCGCGGCUGCGGCUGCGGCCGCAAGACGCGUGGAUGGCCCGCUUCUACGCGACAAGCGGCCGCAAGAUGGCUGAGUUUCGGGACCAAGAGCUCGCGGUCAUGGCCUGGGCCUUGCUGCGGCUGCUGCCCGCCGGCGCCCGCCCGCCCACGGCGUGGGUCGCGUCCCUGCGCGACGAGGCGGCCGCGCGGCGCGCGCGUGGGGACGGGUCGUGGCGCGGCCGGGACGCGCGGUCGGUGGCGCAGGCCGUGGCGGUGUGGCUGCGCGCAGGCGGCGGCGGCGGCGGGGCGCGCGGCGGCGCAGGGGGCGGUGCCUGGCGGUCGAGGGAUGACUGA